AUGGGAUUGAUAGGGCAGGUUAUGGUCACGGACAGUGGCUCGCUGCUCCCACUGGGGUUCUGGUCAGCCGUGGCCGUAUGGGUGGAAAGGCCGCACGUGGUCAACAAGCGCCUGUGCGGAUCCAGGCUGGAGGCCUCGGGGAGGCUGAGCUGGACGACGUUGGAGGAGACAACAGCGGCAUCUAAGGGGCCACUUCCAGGGGCAGAGCCGGAGAGGAGAGAUGGCGUGGGCUUGGUCCUUGGUCAGUGGGGGGAAGUGCAGGCCCCAGGGACGCCUCUGGGCCCUCCCUUGGACCUGGAUCCCUCUUGGAGGAAUCUCUUCCGGGACUUCGUUACUAACGAUGAGGAAGCGCUGCACUUUCUUAGGGGAUGCAGGGCGGAAAAGCAGCCGGACCUUGGACCCGAGCCCGAAGUAAUCCUUAGAACUCUCAUCCCCAAACCCAGUACCCUGUGCCCUUUGCCGGCUCCGAAAAAAGAAAUAGUUGUUAAAGAUGUCUUCAAUGGAGCUAUAACCUUUUUACCGCUAGAAGGAGAGCAACAUUUAAAAGUUAAGAAAAGCAAUGUUUAUCAAAUUCAGCUAAGACAUAAUAAAGAUGAAGAAUGGUGCAUUUCCAUGUUUGUUUUCUGUCCAGAAAGAUGGGAUUCAGACGGAGUCAUAUACCCCAAGUCUUCCUGGCUUGGAAAAGAAUUGUUGUCCAAGUUGGCCAAAUGGUCCGUGGAAAAUAAGAAGAAUGAAUUUAAAAGCACUCUUUCACUCAUUUCACUUAUGAAAUAUAGCCAGAUUUACCAGGAACUAAAAGAGAAGUACAAAGAAAUGGUUAAGGUAUGGCCUGAAGUAACAGAUCCUGAAAAAUUUGUAUAUGAAGAUGUUGCUAUUGCUACUUAUUUGUUGGUUCUUUGGGAAGAAGAACGAGUUAAGACGGGAGUAACUGAAAAACAGUCCUUUAUCGACUUGGGGUGUGGCAAUGGACUCCUUGUUCAUAUUUUAAGCAAUGAAGGGCAUCCAGGUAGAGGGAUUGAUGUCCGAAGAAGAAAAAUAUGGAACAUGUAUGGACCACAAACUCAGUUAGAGGAAAGCGCAAUUAGACCAAAUGAUACUUACCUUUUCCCAGAGGUAGAUUGGUUAAUUGGAAACCAUUCAGAUGAGCUGACCCCAUGGAUACCUGUGAUUGCAGCAAGGUCAUCAUAUAGUUGCCGUUUCUUUGUCCUGCCUUGUUGUUUCUUUGAUUUUACUGGAAAAUAUAGCCGAAGGCAGAGUAAGAAGACCCAGUACAGGGAAUACCUUGAUUUUAUUAAAGAAGUGGGGUUUACCUGUGGAUUCCAUGUUGAAGAAGAUUGCCUUAGAAUCCCAUCAACAAAAAGAGUUUGCCUUAUUGGAAAAUCCAGAACAUAUCCAGCUACUGAAGAAGCUUUAGUUGAUAAGCAGAGAACAGAGUAUAUUGAUAGGAGACAAUUCACUGUCCAGAUUCCUCAUAGUGAAGACUCUUCUUGUUCCUCUCCAGGCAGCACAGUAGAAACUAAUCAUUGUGAUCAUCAUGUAUCUUUAAACUGUCUCAGGGAUGAACCUCCCAAAGGUCAGUUUCCUGAAAAUGAAAGAAAGGAGUCCCAGGAAAAUGGAAUCUGGAUAAAUGGAUUUCAGCCUAGAGACAAAAUUGAACAAGUUAGGAACUGUGCUUCUCUCCCACGGGACUUCAUUGAUCAUAUAGUUUUGAAAGUUGCUAAUUUGUUGUUAAAUGGGAAGCAGCAGAACCCCAGAGAAGACCCUUGUGGUGGAAGUUUGAAAACCUGGAAUCGAGGAGGAAGCCUUUCCUUGGCAGAAGUAGCAAAUCAGUUAGAUAGAGAGACUUUACAAAGAUUAAAAAGAGAAUGUGGAGGCCUCCAAACCCUGCUGAAGAACAAUCAUCAGGUAUUUGAAGUUGUGAAUGGGAGAGUUUACAUUCGUGACUGGAGAGAAGAGAAGGCAGCAAAGAAAAACCAUCCAGAAGCCAAACGAAGGCUUUCAUCAGAAGCUUUUAAAACACGCCUCUGUUGGUUUUUUAUCCACCAUCCUGAUGGUUGUUCUCUGACCUCCGAAUCCUGUUCAUAUGCACAUGGAGUCCAGGAGUUAAGGCAGUCGCAUACUUUGAAGAAGAUAAAGCAAAUCCAGUGAUACUACAGCAGCAAGCUAAAUGGCACAGAUUUUGGGGGUGGGCAGGUUGAAUGAAGGCUGUUGCAUGUUAACCUACCUCUCUUUUGAAGUUUUUUGUGCCAGACUAAUUUGUGUAUUUCCUUUCAUCUUUCUCAAGACUCAUCUGGCAGAGUGGGACUUAACCAACGAUUGUUGUAGAGUUCUAGUUUUUAAAAGCUAAACAAAAUGUUGCUAAUUAUUUUUGAACAUAGAUCAUUUUAUGUUCAAAAAUUUGUACCAUCCAUUCUGCAUAUUAUUUGUAGCAUACAGUGUAUAUUU